CCGGGAUGUUUACGGUCCUGGCAGGAGCGGCGGGGGGCGGAGUACAGGUCGGGGCUGCCGCCGGUGCCCGCGCAGCCCGCCAGGAGCCCCGCUAGGCUCCCGCCGCCACUGCCGGCACGGCCCCGGGCUCGAGGCGCAGGAGAAGCCGGGGAGGAGCGGCGGCCGGUCCCGGUCUCCCGCGCCAGGAGCAGGCGGAGCCAGGCUGCCGGGCUGUUUAAGACCAAACUGAAGUGUUGCAGUGUUGUAGAAAUGUUGUUAUUUGAACUGUGGACUUGCACUGUCUUGAGAGAGAUGAAGUGCAGUGGAAAACAGUCAUUAAUUCAUGGCCUAUGGAAAACACAGGGGAAGGAAAACUGUGUUGUGUUGAGGAAAGAGGGAGACUUACAAGCAAGUCUGGCAGCUUUAAAGACAUACGGCACAUCAUUGCGUGAUAGAAUGGAUGAACAAUCACAAGGGAUGCAGGGGCCUACUGCUCCACCAUUUCAGCCACAGAAAGCCUUACGACCUGAUAUGGGCUACAAUACGCUUGCCAAUUUCCGAAUAGAGAAGAAGAUUGGCCGGGGGCAGUUCAGUGAAGUUUACAGAGCAACCUGCCUGCUGGAUGGGGUACCAGUGGCUCUGAAGAAGGUUCAGAUAUUUGAUUUAAUGGAUGCCAAAGCCCGUGCUGACUGCAUCAAAGAAAUAGAUCUUCUUAAGCAACUGAAUCAUCCAAAUGUAAUCAAAUAUUAUGCCUCAUUCAUUGAAGACAAUGAACUGAACAUAGUAUUGGAAUUAGCAGAUGCUGGAGAUCUCUCUAGAAUGAUAAAGCAUUUUAAGAAACAGAAGAGGUUGAUUCCUGAAAGAACAGUUUGGAAAUACUUUGUUCAGCUUUGCAGUGCCUUGGAACAUAUGCAUUCUCGUCGUGUUAUGCAUAGAGAUAUAAAGCCAGCAAAUGUGUUCAUUACAGCUACAGGAGUAGUAAAGCUGGGAGAUCUUGGACUUGGUCGAUUUUUCAGCUCCAAAACCACAGCUGCACAUUCUUUAGUUGGUACACCUUAUUAUAUGUCUCCAGAGAGAAUACAUGAAAAUGGUUACAACUUCAAGUCUGACAUCUGGUCUCUGGGCUGUCUGCUGUAUGAGAUGGCUGCACUGCAGAGUCCCUUUUAUGGUGACAAAAUGAACUUGUACUCUCUGUGCAAGAAGAUAGAACAGUGUGACUACCCACCUCUCCCUUCAGAUCACUAUUCAGAGGAACUGCGACAAUUAGUUAAUAUGUGCAUCAACCCGGAUCCGGAGAAGCGCCCAGACGUCACCUACGUGUAUGAUGUAGCGAAACGUAUGCACGCACACACCGCCAGCAGCUGAACAGCCUGCAGAGCCCCAGGAAAGGACCAGCAAGAACCAAGUGCUUUAAAUAAACCAUCCCACCUCUCCCUGUGUGCUACACAAAUGUAAUUAUUUGAAGCUUACUGUUGUGCUUUGAAUUGUAAACCAGUUUAUAUACAAGCUUUGUUGUUUUCUGUUUAUUUCUGGGUUUUGUAUAUUUUACUAACUUGCAAUUGUACAGCAGGUUUAAAUAUGUAAAGCGUAAUUUUAAGAUGCCGUGAACCACUGUUUCCAUGUUAGUGGGUUCAAGUAUACUUUCUGUAAUAACAAAGUUGUAUUCAGUUGGGCCUCAGUUCUAAAACACAGUUGCACUUUUGCACAUAAUACUCAUAUUAGGCUUAUUAUCAAGAAGCAAAAUAUCUGAAUCUCUCGCCUUCUUAGUAAUUUAUGGAAAGUAUGAAUCAGCACAGUUAACUUUAUUUUUGUCUUUCUUCCAAGAGGAACAUAAUUAUUACAGGAGCUUAUUGUAUUUUAUAUUGAAUUGUAGUUUGCAGCUCUUGCUGUAAGAGCAGAGAAGGUAUAGAAUUAAUUCUCUGCUUGCCAAAUGCAAUGGAAAGAUAACUUCAGGAAAAAUUGUCAGGCUGAAGUUUUUGUAACAUCCCCUUUUGUUUUGUUAGUCCCUCAUGAUAGACAAAACGUUUGUUGGAGGUUUUCUGGGAAAAUUUAAGGUGUUGAUUCAGCAAUAGGUUUGUUUUCACUGGACUUGCGAAACACCGCCCUGGGGCAAUGGGAAUCUGCAUAGUUCAGUCUUAAAAACAGUGCAGAUGCUUCUUGUAGCCAGUAAGGUUCUUUUGUGGCUGUCCUUUGAGCAGGUCUGAUUAAAAGGCACCAUCUUUUAAGUUACAACUUCCCAACUGUUUGUGUAUAUGUCACUGUAGAUUUUUUGUGUUUAAAAUAAUUUGAGUGACCUUACAGUAUAUUUAAAUUCUAAUUUUUUUUUCUAAAUACUGAAAUCUUUUGGCAAAGAUAUAAUAGAUAUAAUAGUCAAAAUGUAUUCUACAUAAAUAUAUGAUCUUUGUAUGCUGUAUCCUGAGAGUUUUAUAUUUAGCAGAAGUAAAUUAUGUUUAACAGAAAGUUGCCACGCCUUAAUUUGGGAAAUAAUUAUAUAUGCAAACUGUCUUACAGAUACUUUAUUCGUUUAAAAGGAAAUGCUGAAUAUUUUUGUCAUACUCUUGGGGUAUGCUUAUGUAAUAAUUUUGUUGUUAAGGAAAGAAUGUUUUUUUGUUUUUAAAUGUGAUAAAAAUGGAGAGUGAAAUGAAAUUCCUUGAGUUUCAAGACUGAACUUUUUUUACGAAACUGUCAAAUUAUCAGUGACAGCAGCUGAGGAGCUGUUACUGUCAGUUAGGUCUUUUUCUUUAUGUGGGUAAAAAGUUAGUGCAAAUAAAAGCAUCAGUAUGUACAUACACUUAUAGGUUCUAGAUGCAGUCACAUCCUUGCAUGCUCAGAUUUUUUUUUUGCUUGUUUGUUUCUCUGUGCAGCUGUAAUUUUUAUUUGAUAUAAUGAUCAAAUAAAAGCCACUUGUGGAGCUUGUGUUCAAGGGAGGGUCAGAGUUGUUUUUGGUUUUGUAUUUUUUAAAACUACAAAUACUAUGAAAAUUGUGUUUGGGAAAAAAAAAAGGGUAGUUUUUAGAUGGUAUGUGCCAGAUCAUCGGCUUAUCUUAUAUAUACUUUUUUAUUUUUUGCUUCCAGGUUUUGUAGGACAAAUUGUAUGAAACUGUAGUUGUAUUUCUCACUUCUGUGUGCACUUAACCUUAUAGAACUUCAGUGGAACAGUUUGUUGGAAAUAAGUAUUUGAGAAACUUUGGUCUGUGUUUAGCAACCUCUGGAUUUGUUUUCAUUUAUUAAAUGGUUAUAUAAUUUAAAACAUGAUGGUUAUAUUCUGUAACAAUGUUUCACAUGUCAUAGAAUGAAAUGCAUUGUAUUGAAAAAGGCAGCACAAUAUUUGCUUGACUGCCAGAAUUAGUUCUUAAUAUGCACAAGUACUCAAUUUUUUUUUUCCAAAAUGUGCUAGAACAUUUAAAAAUCACUGAAAAAAACCCCAAGUGUAAUGAAGGCCAUUUGUAUAUAAUAUUAUGCAUAAAAUUUGAACUUUUCCUGCCAGAAACUGCUCACAGAUAUCCCUCCCCUGGAAGGGUAUAUUGAGUGAAAGAAUCAUGAGUUAAUGGUUAGUAAUUGUGCAUACUUAAAAAUUAAAUUUUUUUUUAGCACUGUGGUUUGUGGGUUUUUUUUUUAGCAUUUAUGAUCAAAUAUUGUGCUGAGGAAAAGAAAUAGUUAUUCCUGACUUAAAAUUUGUGAAAUGAAUGGUGCGCCUGACUCUGGUAACACAUAAUUAAAAAGCCAAUAUGGGUUGGUAGAACUGCUUACAUAAGUGGGGAUUGUAGAAUCUCUCCCUAAAGUGCCUGGUAACAUAUGAAAAUGAUAAGUCUUGUUAUAACACUCCAAUGUAUGCUAUAUGCUUAUAAAAUAUUUUCUUUUCUAAACCGCCAUCCUGUUUUUCAUAUGUUCAUGAUAACAUUUGGCACUAUCUAUGUUAAGGUAUGGUAUUGUUUUCUUUAAAGAAAACUUGUUACAUUUCUACUGAAAAUGUCUGACCAGCUCCUCCUUUUAUUUCAGAAAUGCUUCAGUAUUAACUAGUGUCAGGAGUGAACUUUGCAUAAAAUAUUGUCUUGAAAGCUCCCCUGCUGUGCAGUAGUCAAAUAGAAAUAAAACAUACAGGUAUUAAACAUAAUGUAAAAAUUGUAGUGUUUCUAUGAUUUUUUCAAACUUUUAUUUUUUAAAUAUAUAUAUAUAUAUAGUAGAUGCUGCCUAUCUUGUCCACAACUUACUGCUUCCAGUAAUUGAUUCUGAGAUUUCUUGACUGCAACAAAAGGCAGUACACUAAAAAAUAUCAUUUUUGUAUUAUUUGUUAAAAGAUUUCCUAAAAAUGCUACAUCAAAUAUAUUGUAUGUUUUCAACUAAAAUUUUAAACUAAAUUCAAAAUUAUUUUCAAGCCAUAUUAAAAUCUGUGAUAAAGCAUAAAAAAUAACAAAGAGCUCCCAUUAUGGCUCCAGUCCUGUGAGUGCUUGUUUAUAUUUCAGCUGCUUUUAUGUAAUUUCAGUAAUUUUGAGUGAACCACAUCACACAUACGAAUAAAUCAGUAGGGUAGAUGGAAAUUAUGUACUCAGCUCACUUUUUAUACUCUGUGUGUCACUGGUUUGGUAGCAGGGAAUAAUUUGGGUUUUUUCCCCCUCUUCUGUUGCACUCCUAAUGAUCCAGCUCCCAAUUGUAUGAGCAGGCAAUAGAAGCAUGUUGUCUUUUUGUAAUGAGCAGAAACUUCAAAAACAUGCCAGUAUAGCAGAAGAUGAAAUGCAGUAUUAGAAGUGUCUGAGAAAGCUGGUGUUUUAUUCAUGCUCAUGAUUAAGAAAGCCAUAGAGUGAAAUUCUUGACAGAGGCUUGGAAAUAGAGAAGAACUUUUAUGCCAGUGGUUCUCAGAUACCUCUGAAUGGGACCCAAAGUCGCAGUGAUGUUUGUUUGCAGCAAUCUGUCUGCUUAACCUCUUAUCUUUGCUGUUAUACAGUGUGGUGAGAAUCUUAACAGCUGAGUUGGAGUGCUGGUGAAUGCUGCAUUGGCUGUGUGAGCUGGUAGGAGCAGGAGGUGAUGUGAAGGAGAGUCAGCAAAGGCCUUCAAGUCUUGUUUUGUGAAGACAUAAAGGUGCUGGAUGGCAGAGGUCAAAUCACUGUUUUUCCAUAAUUUUAAAUUGUCUUUAUCUAUUUCAAACAGUCAGAUUUUUCCCAGCCCAGUCAUAUCCCCACAUUAUCUAGUCAGUGGCAGUGAUGGUCUUUCGAAUUUCUGAUCUGGGUGAGUAAAUCUUUCUGGCAAGGAGGGAAAUAGAGGUGCUGACCCUGCCUGGUGGGGUGCUACUUAGGUUUGAACAUGACUCAAAUAUAGAUGUUUAGAGUUGUUUUUUCAACUUUAUUUCCUUCUCUGACGCUUUUUAAAAAGUACUUUCCACCACUAAAGUUCUAUGACUGCUUCAUCAGUCCUGUUGUCAGCCCUGCCUUCUUCCUGGUUUGAAGUCCUCUGUGUCUCGUUUUCCUAGUGGUCAUUAGUUAGCAUCUUUGUGACUUUGCUAAACUCAGCCCAUUUCUGUCUUUUCAAAUUUCAUCCCUCCCAUUGGGCAAAUGCAGUUCCUUUCCCCUGAUCAGUACUUUAAUCCUUUGUUCUUCAUUCUGUUUUUCCAGCCCAAUGCCUGGGAUUUCUAGUUUUAGAUAGAUUUUCUUGCUGUCUCAAUCAUUCCCAUGACCUUGUCUUUACUAAAUACUGUUCACUUUAUUAUCUCUCAUUUCUAAAUUCCCUUCCUCUGAUCACUACCUGCUCUUUUUCAGCUUAUCUGUCUUUCUCUCUCCUCUACCCUGUCACUCACUCCUUUUGGGAUCUCCAGUCUAUUAACCUUUUUGACUCCUUCGUCUUACUGCUGCCUCCUUCCUUCACUGGCCUCACUUCUUUUGACUCACUGGUCAUUAUUUUUAUCUCUAUCUCCUUCUCUGUACAUGGUUUCCUUGGCUGCUUCUCACACUGCCCUGUCUCUAUUCCUCCCUCCAGACAUAUUCUCUUGUAAUUUCUUAAUUUCCAUUCCAGCCUUUCUGAAUAUCUGAAGAGUGUGUCAGCACAACACAGCUUUGGACUCAGCUUUGCCUUACUUGCUUCAAUGCUCUUCCCAAACAGACUUUUUAACCUCUUUUAUCUCACCUUAUUUUUCUUGUUGAACUUACUUGCAGAUCUGCUGUUCAUUUUCAUUCUGCAUUCAUUCUUGAUACAAAAUCUUCAAUCCUGAUUUUGUUGCAUGACAACAUCCUUUUCAAAGUUGUUUUCUUUCUCAGGAUCUGUUUCUGAACUGAGCUUCUCUGCCUCUUAACUCUGCAAUUUUGCCCCUUUUAUUUCUGUAUGUUUUAUGCCUCUCAUUCCUUUCAUUGAAUUACUUCUUCCUUCGGUAGCAACCAAGUUUCUCUUUCAUCUAUUUUUAAAGGGGUGGCACCUAUCAUUGUAAGUGUUUAUGGUUAUAAUGCUUCUUCCUUUUUUCUCCCUCUCAUCUGAAAUUCAUGUACCUAAACAUCCUCUCUCCAGUUUGUUUUUUGGAUUUUUAUGUUACGCUUUAUUUGAAUGCCCCAAAAAUCCAGUGCUUCUCCCCCCUAGUAUGAUUCUCCUAUGGUUCUAUCUCCAGAUUAUUCCUUUAGUAUCCAGCUAGCCUCAGACCUCUUUAGAUUCAAAGGUCUAAUUUUUAUUUCUGACUCCCUCUAGACUAUUUUGUAACAUCCCUGACAAUUUUUCUUGCCUGUUUUCCAAGGCCACAACCUUUCUAUCUCUGACACUUCUCCCAUGCCUGCGUAUCAAAUGUCUGAGUUAGAUGUAUCAGAAUCCAGCCCUCUCACUAUCUGUUCUUCUUAUCUUUUCUCUUCACUGAUUUAACCUCUGUGUCAUUUUGGCUUCUUUUCUCCCUUCAAAGUAUCAAAAUUGACAAGACUAAACUGUCAUUGGGCUUUCACUGUUUUGUGUGCUGAAGAAAAAACUUGACCAAAUUAUUACUUGUUUUGUGUUUUAAAGAGACCUGAAUCCCACAAAUCUGACUUUGUUUCAGUACUGUAGGGUUGGAAUAGAUUGUUUCUCCAAGUAUGUAGUAAGUCCUUGAAUUUGGGCCUUUCAUUUUCUGUCAUUUUAGAUCAAGAGA